UCUGCGAGCUUAUUAAACCUCAUGGAGAUGAAGCAGCCAAACAAGCAGCACGUCAAGUGGCCGAAACGAAAGAGCUUCUUCCACUCCCAGAUAUAUCCUUCAAAGAUGGCUGUGGAAGCAGAAGAUGAUGUCUUCUUUGCAGAUCUAAGCCGGCAAAUCGCGCUGCUGAUCAUGGAUGACGAAGAGCAACUCCCAGUUCACAUGCAGUAUCCUCCUCUUCCAGUUCAUCAGGAGCUUCCUUACAUGCCCCAUAUCAUGAUGCCACCGACCUAUGGAUAUGAUCAGGUGACUUACACAAGGGAGAUGAGCAAGGGAACAGGAGUGUUCAUUCCACGCUCUACUACACCAAGAAGGAAGAACAGACCAAGGAACAAGUCUUCUUCGGUGAAGAAUUACAACUUCCCAAGGCAGCAGCUGCAGAAAUCUGCAAUUAUGGUUUCUGAUGUCUCCAAUUACACAAGAGGUAGUUGCCCCAACUAUUAUCUCAGGCACUUAUAGGGCAAUCAAGUGUUUGUGCUUUUACAACUAAAUUAACUUUGUUUAGAAUGUGAGGGUGGUUGUUUGUGGUAUUGAUUCGUGAAAAGGGGCGAAAAAAAUAACACUCUUCCAAUAAUAAAUGUACUUGUGAAGAGGAACUCUAGAAUCUCCAGCCUUUAAUUGAUGGAGAUUAUCUAUAUAUAGGAGUGUAUCGAGAACUACUCCCGUAUGUGUGAUUGUAAAUCUUCAAAUCGUCAUGUUAUUGAUAUAAUAUAUGAUGUGAUUAAGGGUAUCCAAA